UUUUGUGCGGCUAGGCAUUUGCACACAGACUACUUGAAGUUUAGCUUUCCUCUGUAAAUUCACUCUAAACCCAGACUUCUAACCCUAACACCUAACCCAGACAGAUACAUGUACCAUAGAGCUGUGGCACAUUGAAACUAUUAUGGGUUUUGUUGUUUUACUCCUUCUGAUCCCAGCAACAGUCUGCUCCCCAGUGUUUCUUCCAGUUGACUGCAAUGAUUUGUACAACGGAGGUUUUGGUCAUAGUGGGGUGUACAGCAUCUACCCAGCAGGACCACUCUCCCCUGUCCAGGUCUACUGUGACAUGGGCUGUGAAGACGAACCUGAUGUGGGUAAAUGGACGGUCAUUCAGAGGAGAAAGGACGGCACCAUUAACUUUUACCGUGGAUGGGACCAGUACAAAACAGGAUUUGGACAAGCGUCUGGAGAAUACUGGCUGGGUCUGGAGACCAUUCAUCUCCUCACUCUGAGGAAGGCCUAUGAGCUGAGGAUAGACAUGGAAGACUUUGAAGGAGCAAAGGCCUUUGUCCAUUAUGCUUCCUUCUCUGUGGGUCCAGAGCAGGAGGGUUACAAGCUUAGUUUUAGUGGCUUCAAAGAUGGGGGAGCUGGAAAUGCACUAAGUGAACACAACGGACAGAAGUUUUCUACGUUUGACAAAGACCAGGACACUCAUUCCUCAAACUGUGCAAAGACCUACCUGGGAGGAUGGUGGUAUGGAGAAUGUCACAGUGUCAAUGCCAAUGGUCUUUACUUAUGGGGCAGCUCAACCCAAGGAAUUGGCAUCAACUGGGUGUCUUGGAAAGGAUAUCAAUAUUCUCUGAAAGCCAUUGCAAUGAAGAUAAGACCAAAACAGUAAUGUGAAUAACCAAAGAGUAAUUCUUUUAUUAUGACUAAAUAUGGAUCAUUUAUUUAAUUUCAUAGUAUGUUACUUAUCUGCUUGUUUACCACUUUGUCUGCCAGCACAAUAAAUUAUAAGCAGUAUGGUACUAUUAGUCCUUACUUUACUUUACUUUAACAGCAUUAUGCCAGAUCACCUUUGAUAGAAUAAUUACAACACAAUAAAACAUAUACAUUUUGCAUGUUUGUUUAUUGCUGUGCUUUUAUUUCCCUUAAAAUAA